AAUAAAAGCUGGCAUUCAUGGACCAGACCGACAUUCUCGAUUGGUGUUGUUUCUAUUCUGUGUUAUUUCAAUCGUACUGAUUUGUGGGUUGUGCAUCUUUUGUCGUGCUGGUUGGCGAUUGUUAAACAGUUUGUCCUUCCUGUCUGGUUGCGGCUGGUUGUUCGGAGCUCCCCACCAUAUUGGCACCUCGAUCAACAACUUCAUCACUGUCGCCAACAGCCGCAGUAACCAGCAGGAAGAGCUUCACUCCAAGUAGGCACCACCGUCCAGCAGCGAGGCAGAGUAGGGCGGAGCGGAGAGCAGCACGGUGUGUCGAUCGCGUCUGUCUUUGGGUGUCGUCAGUGAGGACGAUUGGUUGAUGAAAACAACUUCCUUCCCCCUCCCGAUCGGACGGCGACGACGACGACGACGACAAAACAUUAACCAUGAUCGGCGUACUGGUGGUUUGCGUCGCGUGUGCUCAGCCGACCUCGGUGAUCGUCUAGAGAAUUCAGGUUUGAGAUAGCGCGAGACCGGCCCGGACCCCCCCCCCCCCCCCGGGUUACACUGUGCGUCCGUUGUUGGAUGCUGUGGAUGUGCCCACGGAACGUGCUGUAUAGGCGAUCAAAAUAGCCUAGUGGAUACGGCACAGGAGUCUAUGAGGAUAGAAAUAGCGGACGGAAAAAGGGCGAGCAACGAAAGCAUGCAGUAGCGCAUUAUAUCCAAUCGGGGCGAUAUUAAAAACCGCAUAAAAUAACAGUGGCCACACGCACGCACUCGCGCACGCACGGACGAACAUACGUACGCACGCCCACUCGAGUGUAGGCAUACACACAAGCGCCUCGAUACGCAACUGUUCCGGGUCGCACUUUAACGACUUCAAGAUGCGUGGAUUGCUGCAAGUUAUAUUUUACUGGUCAUUGCUGAUGAUCAUCCAGGGAUCGUUUAGCCGGGCACGGGUCGCGGAACCGCAGAUACGGUGCGUGUCCUACCAGUGCAAAGAUGGCGAGUGCAAGGAAGGAAUCGACAUCUGCGAGGAGUCGGAGCACGAUCGACCAUCCGGGUGUUUCGCCGUCUGGACGACAAACAAUUUGACCAACGAGAUGAACGUGACGAUGAAGGGCUGCUUCAUUACUCCUACCGAGUGUAAUAACACUGAAUGCAUCGAUACGACGACGGAUAUGAAGAAAAAUCUCAACUACUGUUGUUGCCGGGGUAGCAUGUGUAACAAGGAGCAACGAUGGGUACCGGUCGCAACCAAGGCACCGAAGGUGAUACACUCGCCAGAGAAGGAAUCGAAGAUGCCGCUGAUCAUCAUGAUCGCCUUCAUUUCGAUGCUGAUCGGACUGUUCCUGCUGACUUUUUGUUACGUAAAGCAUCAGAAGGAUCCCAUGUUCAACGAAAUACCGACCGUUGAACCGGACAUCUCAAACUCGUCAACCAACGUUUCCCUGCGGCCGAUCGAUCUGAAGGACAUCAAAGCGCGUGGUCGCUUUGGCGUAGUUUGGCGGGCCCAGCUUCACAACCAGGAAGUGGCUGUAAAGAUCUUCCCGAUGCAGGAACGCCAAUCGUGGAUUACUGAGCAGGACAUUUUUAAGCUGCCUCGCAUGAACCAUCCCAACAUACUGGAGUUCAUUGGGUGCGAGAAACGAACCGAUGUGGCCAGCACCGACUUCUGGUUGAUCACCGCAUAUUGCGAGAAUGGUUCGCUGUGCGACUUCCUCAAAUCGCAUACGGUUAGCUGGGGCGAGCUUUGCAAGAUCGCCAGCACGAUGGCCCGCGGUCUAACGCACCUGCAUGAGGAGGUACAAGGGACACGCACCGAAGGUCUCAAACCAUCGAUCGCACACCGCGAUUUUAAGAGCAAAAACGUGCUGCUGAAGGCGGAUCUGACUGCUUGCAUUGCCGACUUUGGGCUUGCGCUUGUGUUCACGCCUGGUAAAUCGUGUGGUGAUACUCACGGUCAGGUCGGCACACGGCGCUAUAUGGCACCGGAGGUGCUGGAGGGUGCGAUCAACUUUACGCGCGACGCAUUCCUUCGCAUCGAUGUGUAUGCGUGCGGGCUGGUCCUUUGGGAGCUUGUGUCUCGGUGCACCGUACAUGGUGGCCCGGUCGAUGAGUACCGGCUUCCGUUCGAGAGCGAACUCGGUCCCCACCCGACGCUAGAGGAGAUGCAGGAGAACGUCGUGAUGAAGAAACUUCGCCCACGCAUAUACGAGUCUUGGCGUAAUCACACGGGAUUACAUGCAAUCUGUGAAACGAUGGAAGAUUGUUGGGACCACGAUGCGGAAGCAAGACUUUCGUCGUCCUGCGUGCUCGAGCGCUUGUCACAGUAUACGCGCUUUCCCGCGGCAAGACAAUUUUUCGUCGCCAACACCACCAACACCACAAAUGCCACAAACACUACCACCGCUAGCGCUACUACACCGAGCGGCGGUGCACCCACCAACAACAACGAACUGCCGCCGAAGAUCGCAUCGGAAAGUGUGUAGGAGGAACCGCACAGUGUUUCUUUCACCAGGCUAGGCUAGGUUAGAUUACGGUUCGCUAAGGAAGCAAGAUACCGUUUUAAACACAACUUUCACGCAGGCCUUGUUGUGCAUUCGUGUUCUGUAAGGCAGUUGUAGCUCCAUCCGAGGUCAUCCAUCCGACUUACUUCAUUAUUUUCAUUAUGCUAGGCAUCUUGUAAGAUUUUGUUUAAUGCUUUAUCAUCAACAUUAAUUGGUGAACUAUUGAGCCACUGAUUGUUAUGUAGCAGCGUAUAUACGGCAUGAUGGGCGCACUAUUUACAUGGUGUGCGUGUAUGUGUGUAUGUACAGUUACGACAAUAUUUGGAAUUCAUAGGGUUUAAGGAAUCUUGAAUCCUGCUAGGUCCUUAGCACGAGAAUGUUCGCGACUACACUAGGAUUCUCCCAAAGGCUACAAAGGUAGCGGUAUAACGCUCCGAUAUCUGACAGCAUCUCUUUGAAUUCGUUUAAUGUUUCAAUCAUUUUCUCAACAAACCGCCAUAUACGACGACUUUGUGAAGCGGGAGAUGAGAAGUAGGAGGAGGAGGAGGGAGGUGAUAUACUUUGUGUUUACUUUUUUAUUACCUUUAAGUACGAUUGAGCAGCACCCCAAGCGUCCAUUUCAUGUUGAAUAUCUUGUGUAGUGCAGGUUUUUAAGCUCUAGAUUAACCGGAGCGAACGGGAGCAACGUCGCUCAGACAUGGCAGCAUAUAAAAUUGGAAACCAAGCGAGAUGAAAAACGUAGGUAGGUGAAGUUUAUAGUUUUUAUGAAUUGAAUCAAAAGUUUAUUGAGUUAGUGUUUAGUAUAUGAUGUUGGCUUGUUUCCUGUGUGUAAUUCGGCCAGCUGGGUUUGUUUCCCGGAUGUUGACCUAGUUUGUGCCGACGCGAGCUUUGCGAAAUUAGGCGCAAUUAGUCUCUCCCGUUCAAUUUCCACCGGUCACACUUGCUACGGUCCGCCGCAUGGAGUGUUCCGAGAGAGGAAUGAAAGAACACGGUAGCUAUAAUAUUUUAUAAUAGUUGGUACAAAACCCCAUCAAAGGAAAGGGGAGUGAAAUAUAAGGUGCAUCCUAGACGUUAGCCAACAAGCGUUGGCAAUACAAGGCCGCCCUCCCUACUUUAACCGGAUAAUGUAGAUAGACGAGAUGACGGUUGGCAGGGCGCCAAGUGCAACAAAGCAAGUAUUUCUGCUCCCUCGGCAUACAUCCCUGGGAGCUAUAUCGUUAUAGGAACAAGAGAAAAACAAAUGAACGACCCAACAAAAAGCAAAUGAUGAAAAGGACAGGAAGAAUGUGUUAAAUAAAGGGGAAAUUUUUGUUUGUAAAUUCAAUGCUUUUCAAAAUACUAUGCGCACGAUGUUUAAUGGGCGAUGCUCAUGAUGGAGGUGCAUAAACGGUAAAAAAACCCGCGUUAUGUUACACUUUUCGCAUAUUUUCUAAUACCCCUCCAUAUUCUACAUUGUGUAAUAAAGCAUCUCUAAGAAGUA